GAGCGUUGGAAAUUUGUAAUUCGAACGAUUCGCGGCUGUUACAGCGUCAAACCGUGAAAUACCGUACGAAGAGAUUACGUUUUUUGAUCGAUCGAUCGUGGGUGGCUAAGCGAUCAAGCGCUUUCGAUAGUUUCGAUAGUUUCGAUUCUCGCGAAAGUUCAGUGAAUCCGUCGUGCGUGCAUCGCACGAUCUUUCUUCGCCGGCGAAGAAAAAAGUGGGAGAGAGAGAUAUCCCGAGAGUACCCCGAGACGAAGUCUUCGCGCACGAGUACUCGUCGGCGGCAUUGGUUGAAUUUACGAUUCUGGCCGGAGUAUCACGGUCAUUUUUAUUUCGCGGUCACGAGUCAACGGCCUUAUCACGCGUCACGUUCCGAACGCCAUCGGGUCACGUUCGAGCGCGUGAAUCUUAAUUUUGGAGGUUUCCACGCGAUACGAAGGCACGUAUACGUCGCCAUCAUCCUGACAAAAUUAAGGGGUGUUAUCUGCCCCGGUGAUAUCCUCGAGCGACUUGAGACCUGAAUGCGAGAGGAAGCGGCGGAGUAGAUAAAUCUCGGGAGCGACAAGAGACUUCCCGAGAAAACGAUCGCGAGAGACGGUCCGCCGACCGUCGAACUGCGUGGGAAUCGGUAGAGCGCAUAAUUUCUCUCGCACAACGAAGUGAGGGUGAGGAAGCGAGAGGAACCGUGGCAAGAAACCUGAUUCGAACUUGAAGACGUCGCAAUUAUUACGAUAUCAUUAUCGUUAAAUAAUCAGCGGCGCGAAGAGGGAAGUGAUGGAAACUGGAGCGGCGGUUUGCGGAACGUGAUUCGAACUUGAGGACAUCGUGAUUACAAUACGAUAUUAUUGUCGUUGAAUAACAAACGGCGGAAGGAAGAGAGGAGGGAAGCGGUUGGAGCGAUUUCUCGUGAAAAAGAAGAAACGAGACGUGAAUCGUGACCGGCGCCACGCACGGCAGUGUACAGGGAGAGAGGGAGGGAGGGGGAGGGAGAGAGAGAGAGAGAGAGAGAGAGAGGUAGAGAGAGAAAGAGAGUGAACGCACGCGGGAAGGUGGGAGGCAGGAGAAAGAGGGCGCCAGCACGAAUAUCGCGCGUGCGGUCGCGAGACUGAACUCGGAUUGACUCGGAGCGACAGAGCGUCGUGUGGGCGCGAAUGUUUCCUCCGUGCGUCGCCGACUUGCCGCGCGCGAGUUGUGCCUGUCAGUGAGCCCGUGGACGCGAAACUAACCUAAUCUCGCGCCGCAUCUCGCGCAUUCGUGGCGUUUGCUGCGUGGCGUGUCCGUGUCGUGCCGCGUGUGCGUGCAUGCGUACUCUCAGCACGGUUUUCUUCCGCGUUUACGCGUCAUUGACGUCACGGCUUGAUUCAAUCCGCGCCGAUUUAGCUAAGGCUAAGCGAUCGGGAGUUCCUCCGGAGCGGAGCUCGCGGAAGAGGGAGAGAACAGCGGAGAAUCCGCCCGCAUCUCUCACGAGAUAUAUACCGUCACGUGACAGGAGCGCGUGAGCCGACGUGACUCUCGCGGACCCGGAGAGGAUUCUCGCGGGGCGACGAUAACGCGCCGGCGGUGGGCGAGGAGCGAAGAGGAGAGGAAAGCGCUAUUAGGGCGGAAACGAUCGUUGCGGAGAUUCCGGAGAGGCGAGCGGUACCACCGCCGUUCUAUGCGGCAAGAUGAUGGAGACGCAGAAUUAUUGGGAGGACACCUCCGCGCACUCGAUGCAGGUGAAAUACGAGAGUCUGGAUGGUAGAUCCUGCAAGGACGAGAUAUACAGAAUGGGUAUAGGAGCUGGAUAUUGCGAGGGCAACCUGAACUUCGCGACGGCCUCAGAGGAUGACGAGAUCUACACCAAGAAGAAGGUCUCUAGGCAAGAUCCAAUGUCACACAGGAUCAUCGAGAAACGCAGAAGAGAUCGUAUGAACAAUUGCCUAGCCGAUCUCAGCCGACUUAUACCUGCGGAAUACUUGAAGAAGGGUCGGGGCAGAGUCGAAAAGACAGAAAUCAUCGAGAUGGCGAUCCGCCACAUGAAGCAUCUUCAAGGCCUCCGACAAGAUACCAAGCACUCAUCCGUGACGCCAGUGCACACACAUCCUGAGGACAGCGUGGACAGCGUGUCCCACUCGACCGCGGCCUCCACCGCGGCGGAGCAUUACAAGCUAGGAUUUCAGGAGUGUUUGAGCGAAACCAUGCAUUUCCUCAUCGAGGUCGAGGGUUUCUUUGCGAGGGAUACCCUCUUCGUACAGCUCAUCAAUCAUUUGCAGCAGCACUGCGACAAAAUCGUAGCCACCAGUGACCGAUUAGGCUUCCCACAUCCCGAGUUGCCAGUGAUGAAUGGAGCGAUGAACGGCGCCGGCUACUCGCACACGAGUAUUCCGACGAUAUGUCAGCCCAAUGGCGGCCACUCGGACCACGGCUCGAGCUCGGGUGUAAGCUCGUUUGGCGAUCCGGAGCGUCCGUUGCUGCGACCGACGAUUGUGCCACCGCCGACGAUUGUAAGUGACGACAGCAAUCACAGCACCCACUCGCAUAGUACGCCACCCGGAACUGGAAUCGUUCCCUGUCGAGACCGGCCGACCAAUUACAAAUUCAAGAGUUCGAUCAAGCAGAGGUUCUCGGCAGAGAGGGUGAAAUCGUGUUCAUCACCAGUAUCGAACGGUGCCGGGCUGGAUAAACCGCCGUCUUCGUCGUCUCACGGGGUGCCAAUCUUCGCUCUGCACGACGCCGGAUCCUUCUAUGUGCCACUGACAGUUGAGGCGUCCUUGAUCAGACCUCAUCUGAGUUUCAUUCCGGACACCGGACCCGAUACCGUUUUACAUCCGGUUACGAUAUCAGUUAACUUCAAUCACUCGUCGCCGCCAGCGUGGUCGCAACACCACAGUCCCAUUCAUCAACAUCAGACAUAAAAGAGAGACGAGAACAGUUAAAAUGAAUCAAUUAUCAUCCGAUCGCUUGUAUCCAUCACGAGCGAGAGAGAUGUACUUUGUUCCAUCAAUUCCGAUUACCAUCAGUAGACUGAUCUUCGAAUCAGUGCCCUAAUACAUGAGUAUAAGAAUCUUGCGAAUUCUUGAAUAAUAUUGUCAAGCAUUGCGAUGGAAUUGGGAGCGAUGGUGAAGCCGUCCACGUGACGCAUGCGAGAAUCAAGAACAGUUUGUGAUUCUCCUAUUUUAUUGAUCGCAAUACGCGGUGGACAACAUAUAG